AUGGCCUUCACAGACCUGCUGGACACCCUGGGCAGUGUGGGCCGCUUCCAGCUCGUCUACACGGCGCUGCUGCAGCUGCCCUGCGGCCUGCUGGCCUGCCACAACUUCCUGCAGAACUUCACGGCCGCCAUGCCCCCGCACCACUGCCAGGGCCCCGCCAACCACACCACGGCCGCCACCAAUGACUCGGGGGCCUGGCUGAGGGCCACCGUGCCCCUGGACCGGGACAGGGCCCCUGAGACGUGCCAGUGCUUUGCUGAGCUUCAGUGGGCCCUCCUGAGCUCCAAUACCUCCAUCCACGGGGCGGCCACGGAGGGCUGCAAGGACGGCUGGGUCUACUACUGCAGUGUGUUCCCGUCCACCAUCGUGACGGAGUGGGACCUGGUGUGUGAGGCCCGUACCUUUCACGACCUGGCACAGUCUGUCUACAUGGCCGGCGUGCUGGUGGGCGCUGCCGUGUUUGGCAGCCUUGCGGACAGGCUGGGCCGCAAGGCCCCCCUGGUCUGGUUGUACCUGCAGCUGGCAUUUUCAGGGGCCGCCACAGCGUAUUUCAGCUCCUUCAGUGCCUACUGCGCCUUCUGGUUCCUGGCGGGCAUGACCUUCUCUGGCGUCAUCCUCAACUCCCUCUCGCUGGUCGUGGAGUGGAUGCCCACCCAGGGCCGGACCGUGGCAGGCAUCCUGCUGGGCUACUCCUUCACCUUUGGCCAGGUCAUCCUGGCCACAGUGGCAUACCUGAUCUGCCCCUGGCGGUGGCUGCAGUUUGCUGUCUCUGCUUUCCUGAUCUUUUCCCCCUAUUCUUGGUGGCUGCCAGAGUUGUCCCGAUGGCUCCUGCUUCAUGGCAAGUCCCAGCUAGCUGUGCAGAACCUGCGGAAGGUGGCGACAAUAAACGGGAGAAAGGAGGAAGGGGAAAGGCUGACCAAGGAGGUGGUGAGCUCCUACAUCCAGAGUGAGUUUACAAGAGGCUGCACCUCUAACUCGGUCUUAGACCUAUUCCGAACCCCAGCGUUCCGCAAGGUCACGUGCUGUCUCAUGCUGGUCUGGUUCUCCAACUCCAUGGCUUACUAUGGCCUGGCCAUGGACCUGCAGAAGUUUGGGCUCAGCAUCUAUCUGAUGCAGGUCCUGUUUGGGGUCAUCGACAUCCCAGCCAUGCUGGUGGCCACCACCACCAUGAUUUACGUGGGCCGCCGGGUCACAGUGGCCUCCUUCCUCAUCCUGGCUGGUUCUAUGGUGAUCGCCAACCUGUUUGUGCCGGCAGACAUGCAGACCCUGCGCACCGCCCAGGCGGCAUUGGGCAAAGGUUGCCUGGCCAGCUUCUUCAUCUGUGUGUACCUGUUUACAGGCGAGCUGUACUCCACGGAGAUCAGGCAGAUGGGGAUGGGCUUUGCCUCAGCCAAUUCCCACCUUGGGGGCCUGGCGGCACCCCUGAUCACCACACUCAGAGAGUUCAACACCUUCCUGCCGCCCAUGGGUUUCAGGGCCAUCUCCAUCCUGGCCGGACUGGCUGUCUGCUUCCUGACCGAGACCCGCAACAUGCCCCUGGUAGAGACCAUCGAGGCAAUGGAGAGGAGGUGA